CGGCGGGGGUCGUUCCGCCGAGGAGGAGCCUGAUCCCUGGGAUACCCCAAGGCUCCCGAGCAGGACCCCGGAGGUCCUCGAGGCCUCAAGGCCCCGCCAUGGGCGGCGAGGCGGAGCACGGGCGGGCGGUGGUUGGUGUCCAAGGAGACCGAGCGCACGCCGAGCCCGCCCGCCGCCCGCCCUCCUUCCCGCCGGGCCGCCGCCGCCAUGAUGAUGCUGGGCCGCGGGCUGGACGCCAGGGACAAUCAGACUAGACAAAUACAAGAUGCCGUUUCAAAUGUGGAAAAACAUUUUGGUGAAUUGUGCCAAAUAUUUGCUGGAUAUGUACGUAAAACUGCCAGACUACGAGACAAAGCAGAUCUUCUAGUAAAUGAAAUAUAUGCAUAUGCAGCCACAGAGACACCAAACUUAAAAGUUGGACUGAAAAACUUUGCAGAUGAAUUUUCCAGACUUCAGGAUUAUCGCCAGGCAGAGGUUGACAGGCUUGAAGCCAAAGUUGUUGAACCUCUGAAGAGUUAUGGGACCAUAGUGAAACUUAAACGGGAUGAUCUUAAAGCAACUUUAACAGCAAAGAAUCGAGAAGCCAAGCAGUUAUCUCAACUGGAAAAGACGCGUCAGCGGAACCCGUCAGAUCGACACAUCAUUUCACAGGCUGAAAGUGAAUUGCAGAGAGCUUCGCUGGACGCAACUCGAACAACUCGGCAAUUAGAGGAAACAAUUGAUAAUUUUGAGAAACAGAAAAUAAAGGACAUAAAAAACAUAUUUUCUGAAUUUAUAACCAUUGAAAUGUUAUUCCAUGGGAAAGCUUUAGAGAUUUAUACUGCUGCCUACCAAAAUAUCCAAAAUAUUGAUGAAAACGAAGAUUUAGAGGUUUUUCGGAGCUCGCUUUACCCACCAGACUACCAGUCUCGCUUAGACAUAGUUCGUGCAAAUUCAAAGUCCCCCUUGCAAAGAACCGGCUCCUUAAAAUCUUCAUUGAAGACAGUACAGAUUUCCAACAGCAUGCCAAGGAAAGAGGAGGACGAAGAAGAGGAAGAAGAUGAUGAAGAUGAUGAUGAUGAGGAAGAACUUUAGAUGCUACAAAGAGAUGUAACAAAACUGUUCUGAAUGUCUUUUUUUCUUAACUGACUGGAAAACAGAAAAGACUUCCCUUUACCUAAAGGCUUUUAUGUAUUAAUUACAAUAUUAAAAACUUCCCUGAGGUUGUAUUUUUUUAAAUUCCAUCAGGAGCAAGAAUUGCUACUAAUAGUAGUGUAUUCUACAGACAACAAAUGACCAGUUUCAAAGAAGUGGAAUUAGGUUUGCUGCAAGUGGACAAUUUCAGCAGCUAGGAAAUGAAAACUGUAAAUAGUAUCUUCUAUUAGAUAUGCAUAGGUGCUAUAUUGCAGUCACAGUUGCUUAAACUUACAUGACAAAUGACAUUGAAAAACUGCACGAAGCUGACAAGCAGUUAUGAACGUAAGGGUUUUGCUUGUUAUUUUGCCAAUAUAUUGCUACAUUCUGUAGCUACACACCUCUCUGUUCAGUAAAUCCUCUAGUGGUACCUGUCCUAACUGGUUUUAUCCAUCCUAAAGUAACAAUCCUGUUACAUUUCAUUUCAUUUUGUUACACACCCUGGAUUACAGAAAGCAGAGCAGGGCAUAUUGUUCUCUCAUUAUUUUCCUGAGACUUGUCUAAGAUGACUUUUGAUUUCUUUACACAUGCACAAUGAAGCAUUAACUAUUAAGGGCCUAGCCCAGGAUCUUGUUUUAAUACUGCAUUGCUUUUAAAUAAAAGUGCCUUCAUACUAAAAUUAGAUAAUAUUUUAUAUAACUGACAUUUAUUAUGAAUUGACAUUCUGUAUAUAUAGUUUGUUUCCUGUGUUUAUUUGGUUGAUUCAGUUAUCAUUUCCAUCCAAUGCAUCAGAAAUUACACAUUUUUGAGUGUAAUUUCCAGGUCUAGUAUCUGCUAAAUGUGUACGAUUUUCAUUACUACAAAAAACAAAAACAUUUUUAAAGGUUUUUGAGAUGUUAAGCACAUGUAUAAAGCCAGAAUUUAAACCUGUAACUGGGAAAACAGUUUCAAGUUAUAAGCAAAUACUCUCAGUUAAGGAAAUAAACCAUAAAAUGAUUUUUUUAAUAUUGA